AUGAGUCACCCCGCCCAAAUACAACAAGCAACUGGAAACAUCCACACCAUGGAGACUCUGGUCGAUUCCUACCGGUCGCUGGAUCCCUCCCGCGCCUCGCUGGAGGACUACAAUCGCUCCAUGCUACAAUACACCCAGCGCCAAAUGUCUUCCUUCGUUGACACAGACGACUCCCGUCGUGAUAGCCAGAGCAGCGGCAAGAGUGGUCGUAGCAUCGCUUCUAGCGGCAGCAAUAUAUCCCGACAGGCCACUGAAUCUUUCACACCCGUCAGCAAUACCCCUCAUCUUGCCGAGACCAAGGUCAGUGGCAGCGAUUUGGCUUGA